UUGCAAAGUUUGGCAGCUCAGAUGUUUUCUCCUACCCAGAGGAUGAAAGUGUUCUUGACCCACUUUUAGGACAGCAUCUGGCACAUUUUGGUAUCGACUUCUCAUCGUUGCAAAAGACGGAAAUGACUACUGCUGAAAGAGAACUUGACCAAAAUAUUAAUUAUGACUGGAAUCGUAUUCAAGAAACUGGUCAAGAUGUUGAACCACUUUUUGGACCUGGUUAUACUGGACUAGUCAAUUUGGGUAAUAGUUGCUACUUGGCCGCGACAAUGCAGGUUGUGUUCUCAAUGCGUCCCUUCUGUUCACGGUACUAUGUGGAGCAAAGUCUCAAAGCAGCUUUCAGUGUGGCUCCUGCUGAUCCUACUGUAGACCUUAACAUGCAGCUAACAAAGUUAGCUCAUGGCUUGCUUUCUGGAAAAUAUUCUGUUCCUAUUCUGGAGGAUGAUGACAAGUCAAAUGCUCCAAGUUCACUGGAGGGAAUCCAUCCCCGCAUGUUCAAGUCAGUUAUUGCUGCUAGCCACCCUGAAUUUUCUACUAUGAGACAACAGGAUGCAUUAGAGUUUGUCCUACAUUUCAUUGAUCAAGUUGAUCGGAUGAACAUCGGGAACCCUAAUUUUGAUCCUUCAAGGAGCUUCAAGUUUGGAAUUGAAGAACGCCUCCAAUGUCCCUCAGGAAAAGUGGCCUACAACGGGAGGAAAGAUUAUAUUCUUUCUCUUAAUAUUCCUUUAGAAAAGGCGGUAAACAAAAGAGAGCUAGCAGACUUUCAAAAGUUAAAGGCUGAGAGAGAUGCAAAAGGAAAGGACGUGUCUACAGAUGAAAUUGUCCGCCCAAGGGUUCCAUUAAAGGAUUGCCUGGAUUGUUUUUCAGCUCCUGAGGAGGUGCAUGAUUUUUACAGCACGGCUUUAAAGGCUAGGACAACUGCAAUCAAAACUGCAGGUUUGACUUCCUUUCCUGAUUAUCUGGUCUUGCACAUGCGAAAAUUCGUCAUGGAGGAAGGCUGGGUGCCAAAGAAACUCGAUGUCUAUGUAGAUGUCCCUGACAUCAUUGACAUAAGUAAUAUGCGCAGUAAUGGUCUUCAACCCAGGGAAGAGCUAUUACCUGAGACUGCUGCUGGAGAUGGUGAGGAAUCUCCGAAGCUUUUGGCUGAUGAGGUUAUUGUUGCACAACUUGUUUCAAUGGGAUUUAAUUAUCUGCAUUGUCAGAAGGCUGCAAUCAAUACUUCCAACUGUGGAGUUGAGGAAGCAAUGAACUGGUUGCUUGCUCACAUGAAUGAUCCAGAUAUUGAUUCUCCAAUAUCCCAAGAUGUACAAACUCCACAUAUUGAUCGAUCAAAAAUUGAUACAUUGGUUUCCUUUGGUUUUGAAGAGGAACUUGCUUGUAGGGCGCUGAAGGCAUCAGGUGGUAAUGUUGAGCAAGCAGCUGAAUGGAUAUUUAGUAAUCCUAGUGCUUCUGCUGCAUCAGAUAUGGAUGUUACAACUAGUGGUGGAGCUGCGGUCGAUACCUUGCUGCCUGAUGGAGGAGGAAGAUACAGGCUCCUUGGAUUGGUGAGCCACAUAGGCACCUCUACCCAUUGUGGCCAUUAUGUAGCUCAUAUUCUCAAGGAUGGUAGAUGGGUGAUUUUUAAUGAUGAAAAGGUUGGGAUUUCAAAAAAUCCGCCUCUCGACAUGGGAUACUUGUACUUCUUUGAAAGACUGGAGAGUUAAAGAUGGAGAUCAGGGCAGGUUAGAUGAAUGUUGAGAUACAGGGCGGAGGACCAGGUAAAUUGAUGGAAUUGUUGCCAGCAGAUUGAAUACAUACGACAAUUAGUGCAGAUAUGCCGAUCAUGCAUCAUUUCAUUAGCUGAACUUUGAUCAUUCGCUGGAUUUUGAAGUAUUAUCCAUCCAUAUUUGUGGAAAAUUUUGAAUUUUGAUCUUCUUCUGGUUUAUUUAAUUCUGUUCUAUGCCUUUUUACUUUA